CUAGGUUUAGCCCCACGAGGAUGAGGCUGACUAGCUAGAACAAGGUGAAUCCGAACUUCGGGGUUUAGCCUUAGCACACCUACAUAACCACGUCCGGAAUAUUCUACCUACCUACAUACAUAACAAUCUUUCGCUUUCAUAAUAUUAAGAAGUAGGUAUACGAUAUUUAUUUAGCAAGGCAUAGAUACUGUGAUAUAAAAAUCAUUCGUUUGGUAUCUUUAUACGCAGCGCGUCGAACAUUAGGAAGAAUCAACGCGGGCCGUCGAACUGCAUCGUAAUGGUAGGUAAGAUUGCAUAAGUAGAACACAAGCUGACAUAACUACUUCGCAAUCAGCGGCAGCGAUGGCCUUGGCACCGAUGGUGCUUGUGCGCGGGCUUCGCACGCUUAGUGUGAACACCGUGCUGCACAGUGCACUCGUUGACUUAGGCUGCGAAGACAGUGUUCUGUCGCGUUGCCUGAUCACUGCGUUCAUCAUUUUAACACCUUCAUUGCUCAAGAAGACUGAAUCAACAAUGGCGCCAGGAUUAAUGCAAUACUUAUUAGUUUUAAUAGUAUUCGUCGCUAUUAUAACACCAUGCAUCAGUGCGCAGCCACCAACAGCAGACGAGGUGAUUGAAAAGGAUCGAACAGCCAGACAGGCUGCUGUAAGAGCUGGUAGGCACAUCGCUGUAGCUCCAAAAAGGGGAUUUUUUGGGACAAUAUUUCAUGUUAUAUUAGAGCAAAUCAACGAUACGAAAAGCGCCUACAAUCAAAUAUCUGAAUUGGUAAAUAAUCAAUUUGCAGAUGAAAACGCCGUGACAUCACCCCCGGACCCAUCGUUGAAUGGAACCACAGAGACACCAAAAAUAACUAGAGCGGAGUUCUUAAAAAUACUUGACCGUAAUCUAAAAGGACUGAAUCGACUACGUAAUUUAGAAUGGCGGGAAGCGAAGAAGGAUUCUGCAGCGAAUAUAAGAUUAUAUAAAGAAGAAUUAUUUAAAGGAAAGAAAACUGGCAGCGCAAGAUAGCAAUAUACCUAUAAAGUAAAUCCCUAAACGCCUAAUCACAUACUUGCUACAUCGCUUUGGGAUUUGGCGUUUUAUGGGUGAAACCCGUAAAUAGGUCAGCGUGUAACGUUAUAUGCGCAAAACCUCACGACACCCAAAACUACUUCUAAUUAAAUUGACCAAAUACUGGGAGGAAAAAAGCAUGGCAUGGCUCUCCCGAUAAUUAUUAUUGAAUGUAGGAUGCAGGUCAAAGUCACAAUCAGAGACAUGUCACUGUAGGCGAAUUCAUUAGGUAUAUCCGACUUUUUAUAAAGAAUUUUAUAUGAAAACCAAACUUCAUAUAAGCGGAGUCAUUAUAAACGGAUUCUAUUGUACAUUUUUGGCAAUAUUUUAAUAAAGAUUUUUUGAAAAAUGUAACCUAUAAUUGAUUCUGCUUAGUGUAUCCACCUUACUGAUAUUUUCAGGUUUUGCGCAUUUAACGUUAGACUUUGUAAGUACCUAAAAUUUUAUUAAUUAGAAGGGUUAGACAAAUCAAACAUGUUUUUUUUUUAUAAUUUAUCUCUGCAAUAUUAGGUACCAUACAAGUUUGGUAAAUAUGGUAAUUACAAUUGUGACGAUGUAGCGAUGUCGAACGUUUAUAUUAUAAAAAAGAUACAUAAUUAUUGGGUAUGGAUGAGAUCUGGAAAAAGUUGUCAAAAGUGUAAACUUCAAUCUAUUUUUUUUGCUCAAAUGGGAUAGCUGUGGACUUAAUAGGGUAUUAUAGUAAGUUCAACUCAGUCGUGCGCGCGGCCCUAUGUGUGGGUAACCCUUGUACAUAUACAGUGACUUUGUGUGCGUGACAAGAGGUACAGUCGGGUACAAUACAGUUAUUUAGGGGUUGUAUACGGGUGUUUAAAGAAAAACAGUUAUUACGUAAUUUAAUGUUUAUUUAUUUAUAAUGAUUAUGAAUCGCUACUUGAAAAAUCAAAUGAUGAAUUUUCGGAUUCGCUACUCUCCAAGGUGAAUUAUAAAUUCUGACUCCAUGUCAAAAUGUCUAUAGUAAUCUUCUUUUUUCUUUUAUAUAUGUCGACAAGUAUUAACCCACAUCCCUUCAUCAAUUUGACUUAAACGUUCAUUUAUGAGUUUCAUUAUUUUCGUCUUAUUUUGGUCGACAUCAUGCAAAGCAAUAUAUUUUUUUUAAAUUCCCCACACAUUUUGUUUACUUUAUUAUACUAGAUUAUACCUCUUUUUAUAUUCUUAGUCCACACUUUUAUUUAUUGUGCGCGUACCCCGAGCUAGAAAAUAUGUAAGAAGUAUUUAAUUCAUCUUUUAGAUAUUUCACCUUAUUUAUUUCUUAGAUAAUGUCAAAGUCAAUUUGAAAAGACGUAUGAGAAAAUUAUAUUUAAUUUAAUAAGAA